AUGACGGGUGGCAAAGCCUGGCAGUACCCGAGCGAGCUGGAGGUCCACCAGCGGGUGCACACAGGAGAACGUCCCUUUGAUUGCUCCGACUGCGGCAAGAGCUUUACCUGUUUGUCGGUGCUGCGGGUGCACCGGCAGGUGCACACGGAAGAACGCCCCUUUGAAUGCUCCAACUGCAGCAAGAGCUUCAAGACGGCACAUGAACUGGAGAGACACCGGCGAGUGCAUACGGGCGAGAAGCCCUAUGGCUGCUCCACCUGCGGGACGAGCUUUGCCUGGUUGUCGGGGCUGCGGGAGCAUCAGUGGGUACACAUGGGCGAGAAGCCCCAUGGCUGCUCCACCUGUGGCAAGAGCUUUGGCCAGUUGUGGAGGCUGCGGGAGCACCGGCAGGUGCACAGCAGCGAGCAGCCCUUCUCCUGCUCCGCCUGCGGCAAAGGCUUCAAGUCGUGCAAGACCCUGAAGGUGCACAGGCGCCUGCACACCGGGGAGCGGCCCUACACCUGCAGCGAGUGUGGAAAGAGCUUCACCCAGUCCAGCACCCUGCUGUCCCACCAGCACACCCAC